AUGCUAUUUUUAUUUUUUAACAAAAAUUUAUAUUUUAAAAAUUUUUGCAAUUUAAUUCCACCCACAAUAAUAAUUUGGAGUUGUAUUUGUUUUAUUUAUUUACCUUUGGGAAAUUGUUCAAGUUUUGAAAUUGGUGCUCAAAAUGCAAAAGCAUUGCGAGACCGUCUUCAAAAGAAUUCUAAAACAAUUCCCGAAACAGGCAUUUUAUUGUCAAGAAGUGGUACAAGCAAUACAGCCCCUUUGAGAGUGUUGAUUGGGAUUUAUAUAGAAUCUAUGGGGAAUUUUCAGGCAACAGAUAUGAGUUUUGAUGUAGACCUUUAUUUAUAUAUGCAUUGGAGAGAUCGGUCAUUAAAUCAUUCAAAUGAAGAAUAUAUUCUUGUUAAUGAUCCUAAAGUUAGAGAUAGAAUGUGGUUACCAGAUUUAUAUUUUGCUAAUGCAAGAAAUAGUAAAUUUCACGAAGUAACCGCACCAAAUUUUAAUCUUUUUAUUGAUAAAGAUGGAAAUAUAGCUUAUUCUAUUAGAAUAACUUUAAAUGUUGCUUGUAAUUUGGAUUUGGCUAAUUAUCCAAUGGAUAGACAAACUUGUGGGAUUAGAAUUAUUAGUUAUGCUUAUGUUGAAAGUCAAGUAAACGUAACUUGGUUUACUGCUAAUUCAACUCGUUAUAAUCCUGAGAUAGGCUUACCUGAAUUUAAAAUAGAGCAAUUGACGCCUGAUUAUUGUGAUGGUACUUAUAUGUAUGCAAUAAUGGAAAAAACUUACAAAAGAGGCAAAAAUAAAAUUAAAAAUAAUUUUUUAAUAAAAAUAUUUUUUGAAGAUAAAUUUAGCUGUCUGGAAGCUUUAAUUCAUUUGAAUAGACAAAUUGGUUAUCACCUUGUUCAAUCUUUCAUUCCAACAGCCUUAAUUGUUAUGAUAUCAUGGGUUUCUUUUUGGAUUGAUAGAAGAGCCGUUCCUGCUCGAGUUACUUUAUCAUUCACUACACUUCUUUCGUUGUCAACAUUGGGUAAUGGAUUACGUUUUGGACUUCCUCAAGUAGCUUAUGCUAAAGCUAUAGAUUUUUGGUUUGGAUCUUGCAUGUUUUUUGUUUUUCUUUCAUUGGUAGAAUUUGCAGCUGUUAAUUCAUAUAUGCGCGAAGCAGAAAAAUAUGAAAGACUUGCAAGUUAUACCGCAAAGAAAGAAUUACAUUUACAUGACGAUAAUUCUAGAUGGUCUCCAGAUGAAAGUUGUGGGGAAAGUUCUUUACUUAUUUUUGGAGGAACUAAUGAAGGCCCCAAUGGAUUUGGGUCUCGAAUAAUGAGUUUUGCUAAUUUACUUGUGCCGUCUUUAUUUCUUAGCACAAACAGAAAUACUAAAAAAGUUGUUUCGCUUACACCAACUAAGGGUUUUAUUUCAUCAAAUCAGAAUAUGGGAAAUGGCCAAAUGAAACAGGAAAUAAAAUCUCCCCCUUCAAAUUGCCGAUUAGAUAAUUUAUGUCCUUCAUCUGAUAAAAAAGUUAAUUUGGGACUCCGACUUUCGGAACAUAUGGAAUUAAGGUCCUAUGAUGAUUUUAAUACUGGAGAAGAUGGAGGAGAAGAAUCUGAAGAAAAAAGUUUACCUUCAACAAAUUUAUUAAUUUCUAUAAGUCCAAAACAUAAUUUAAAUAAUAAUAAUAAUAUAACACAAAAACAACUUUUAAAUGGAAGCAAUUUUUCGCCGUCAGAGAAUAGAAGGAAUAUUGUUGUUCCGGAAAUGCAGCCCUGGCCUCCUUCACCAUAUGAAAAAGGACGUGCACCCCCUCCAGCACCACGCAGAGUGCGUAAAACAAAUAGUUGUGCAGGUGGUGGAUGUUCAACAAAUUGUGGCGGUUUAGAACAAAAGAGUCCAAUGGCAACAAGUCAUUUUCUUCGUCAGGGCUUUCAUUAUUCAAGAAAAGGAUUAAAUAUAGAUAGAUGGAGUAGAAUAUUAUUUCCUGCUGGGUUUACACUUUGGAAUAUUUAUUAUUGGAGUUAUUAUUUGUGGUAUAUACAAAUGAAUGGACCUCAUCAUUAA